AUGAAACAUUCGAAGCAACAACUCUACUCAGACCCUAUACCAGUUGAUCUACUUAUCGAAAUAUUCUCUCAACUCCCUUUAAAGUCUAUAGAUAGGUUCCGUUGCGUAUCAAAAUUCUGGGGAUACAUACUCCGUCGUCCUGAUUUCACUGAGUUGUUUCUGACCAAGUCUUCCACUCGUCCACGCCUCCUUUUCACCAUAGAAGUUGAUGAAAAGUUAUUAUUCUACUCUUCACCUCAGCCUCAAAAUCCAGAUGAUAACUCUACUCUUGUAGCCACACCUUAUGAUACGUCUUUUCCCAAAUAUGUUCCAUUUGAUGAAUGUUCUACGGUUUGUGGAUUGGCCCUUCUUCAUAGUUAUUAUGAAAGACAGGGGCGGGUGUUUUGUAACCCUGUCACGCGAGACUUCCUAACCUUACCCAAACUGCUUCUGAAAGACAGAAGUACCUUACCCCAAGUGAAAGCUAGGAGUAACCCCGACACAGAAGUAAAAUAUGAGAUUUCAAGAAUCAGUCUUGGAUAUGAUCCAAUCAGCAAACAAUUCAAAGUGUUGUGUAUGACCUCGUCACCUUGUGGCAGACUCACUAAUCAUCAGGUUUUGACAUUGGAGUCCGGAAAACGUUUGUGGAGAAGGAUCGAAUGCCAGUUUCAUUUUACAGGGAUUAGAAGAUUAUCUGAAGAAAUAUGCAUAAAUGGUGUUUUGUAUUUCAGAGCUUGGUUGGGACACUCUUGUGUGGUAGUUUGUUUCGACGUUAGGUCUGAGAAGUUCAGCUUUAUCAACAUAGAUAAAGACAUGAUAGGAGAUUUUCGUUAUUAUCUUUCUGGUGAACUAGUUUUGUUCAACUACAAAGGUAAAUUAGGUAUGCGGCAGAAAUCAGUUUUUUGGGCUACAAAUAAACUUGUGUUAUGGGUUGUAGAUGAUGCUGGAAAUCACAAAUGGUCCAAUCAUACCUACAGAUUGCCUCGUUUAAGCACCAGUAAACGGUUUGCUGGAAUGACUGGUACAGGUGAAACCGUCUGGUACGAGGACGACCCAAAGUCUUUCUUCCUUGACUUCUACAAUCUCGAGAGUAAAACUUUUACAAGAGUCAAUAUUCAGGGAUUUGAAGAGUUUGAGCAUCAUACUAUUCGCACCUUUCUAGACCAUGUGGAGAAUCUGAAGUUUAUCUAA